AAUUACAGAAGGGAGAGAUAGUUUAUUGACGAUGAAUGGCGAAACCAUCUGGAAUUAUUCAACAUCCUCCAGUAUCGUAUCCAAACCUGCUCGAGGUGACUUUAGCGUGAUGUACUUCUCGUCCGUGGAUGGAAAAGUGUUGUCCCUUCAGAUCGACGGCAACUUGCGAUGGCGAUAUGUGACGGGAGGAACCGGAGGAACCUGCAGGGUCACCAAUCGACCUGUAGAGUAUCUGCAAGUGAGCGUUGGAGAUGAAAACCCGAGCAACGGAAUCUCAAUCACCCUGGGCUCUGAUGCGAGUACAACCAGCCAUCACUACGAUGGUUACAGGGCGACUUUUACCAUCGAGAGCGGAACCCUCCUCAAGGGGUUGAACCUCGCCGUGCGGGACGUGGUGACGGCCUACUCCCCGAUCGUCUCGCAGCAUGACAGCGUCUUCUACGACUCGUCGAACCAGAACUCAGCCAUCGUCCUGCAGUUCACCGCCAGAGAUCGCAUCAUCGCCGGCGAACAGAUUUCGAUUCGUUUGCCAGGCCUGACCCGGAGCAGCGGGGACGUACCAGUCAUCUACCCCCCGUACGUGCCUGCUGUCGGCAACAACCUUCUCAGCUCGCGCGGAGUUCUGGUGGGAGGCAGCCGUACCUCCAUCACCUUCGGCGACGUGAGCGCAAACUUCUGCGGCCUCUACUCGGCCUGCCUGGGAGCGAAGGUUGAGUUUCUGUCGGGCCCCGGGGCAGGGCAAACUGCGGUGAUAGUAGGAUACGACAACUCAACACUGACCGCGAACAUCACCUUUGUGGAGAUUCCGCCCGACUACACCACCAGCUACUCCGUCACCACGAGCAGCAGCGCCAAGUUCAACGGAACCUGGAACUCCUCCUCCGAAACGCUCACCCUCCAGGUCAAGUACUUGUUGGGAACAGCCAAC